GUAUGCAACAUUAAUAACAAGUAAAAUGCAUAGAUGUCCAGUGUCUCCGAUGAUUAGAUAAAAUUGCAAGAAAGUUAUCAUGGUAAAGAUAAAGACGAUAACCACAUCUCAUAUCCAACGAGAACAUUUGACAAGUGGUCGUUGCGCAUUAAUGUGGUCAUAAUGUGAUCGAUCAUAUUGAUUAGUUAGAUAAGACGACGUUUCAUUAAAUCCGUGCGUGGCUAUUGUGUGUGUGGGGGGGGGGGGGGGGGGGGGGGGAGGGUGAUCCCCUAUAAUAUUCACGACACGUGCAUAGGCAAAACGAGAGAUGUAACCGGAACUCACUCAAACGUUCACCAACGCCUUUCAUACCCUCUAAUACUAUACUAGUAUAUUUUAUUUCAACACUUAACGAUACCUUGAUUGGAAACAUAUGGUGAGACUAUUCUGCAAGUUAUUUGGAUCCGCUAAAAGCAUUCAUGGUAUAUCGACGGAGCAGAGAACAUUAAGAAACCCAAACCAAACCUUAUAGAAAUAAAUGGGCUUAGGGUUUUAAGAUUUAGUUGUGACUGGUGAUGCUCGACAUAUAUAGAUACAUACGAGUGAGCGGAUGCUUUUUCAGUUGCCGUCUUAGCUCCCUUUUCACAGUUCAGUGCAUGUGUUAAUGGAAUUAGGAGAUACUCAUGUGUCAUACCCACAAAACUUUUUGGCCCAAAAUUAACGAAAACCAGUAUUAAUUAAUUCUUUUCCUAUAUAAUAUGUCAAUAUUAGUUAUUUUAGCAUAUUUGUUGGAGGGGCAAUUAGGAAAAAAAAAUCCCCAAAAUUGUGUGUAUUCGUUUACUGAGAGGUGGGAUCUUCCAGGCUUCUAUCGCAGGAGCCAAUUUGACUUUUGAGAAAGCCAAACGGAGAGAAGAGGAUGAAAAAUGGCGAGGAAAAAUCAAGCUUUUGUCUUGAUUGAUAGGGUAUUACAAAAUUUUCCUUCCUGAUUCCGCCUCCCUUUUCCCCUUCUUUAUAAUGGCCUUGGUUGAGUUUCUGGGUAUUCCAGUGUAGAUCGAAUUCUUCAAUUCCCCCAACAAUGGAUUCUCCCUCCAACGUUUCUCUUCAUUGCUGCUAACCCUUUUCAGCUCCCCUCUCCCUCUUUAAUGGGUUGCAGAAAAUUUACUCUCUUGGCUUUCCCCAACCACUUUUUCGAAUCCAGCCCUUCUCCUCCUUCCGCCGCCGUGCAGACGGCGGAGUUGUAACGAAUCGGCGACUUUUUGAGAGCAGGGAAAAAAAAAAAGAAAAAAGAAGCAACCACGGAAGAGAAGGCAGAAGAAGAAUCGGCAAUGGAGGAAACGAAUUCCUCCUGGCUACGGCGGACGAAAUACUCCCACACGGUGUGCCAUCGCUUCGACAAGUCGCAGCUGGCGUCGUACCGUUUCGACGUCGAGCAAGAGCGGCAGCUGCGGGGGACGAGGUCGCUAAAUGGGUUAGCGUCUGCCGUGGAGAAAUCGAUAUUCGCUUUUGAUCAGAAGUUAGUUUCCAAGCCCAAUUGGGAUUCUAAUCGGCGGGGUUCUGUUUCUGGUUCUAUUUCGAUUUCUCCCCCUUCCCCAAUUUCCCCUCCGGCGUCAAAUCGCCGGGUUUACUCCCAGAUUCAGCGCAAUCCGGUGAUGAACAAGCAGAGAUCUAUGUCGCCGGUGCCGCAGACUUCCGUCCCGGAGUCAUUCAAGGAAGCCAGGUCAGACAAGAGGCGGUAUUCGACCCCUCACCCUAGGCGGAGGAAGGAUCACCAGGAGAGUAAAGGAAUCAUGGGGAAAUUGUGGCACCACAGCCACAGCCACAAGCAGCAGCAGCAAUCUCACGAAGCUAAGCCCGUCGAAUCGAAAUCGUUGGAAUUGAACAAGAGCGACAAUGACAACGCUAGCCCAAUUCACCACCUGAAUUCUGUCAAGGGUAAGCAGUCGGCAUGGACGAAGUUCUUUGACCACGCCGGAGGGAGAGUCAACGCGGUGGAAGCUGCAGAUGAGUUCAGCGUCGAUAUGUCGAAGCUUUUCUUAGGCCUGAAAUUUGCUCAUGGAGCUCAUAGCAGGUUGUACCAUGGGUUGUACAACGACGAGCCUGUUGCAGUGAAGAUUAUCAGAGAACCAGAUGAUGACGAAAAUGGAGCACUAGCAGUUCGAUUGAAGAGCCAGUUUGACAGGGAGGUUACCCUCUUGUCCAGGCUCCGCCAUUCUAAUGUCAUUAGGUUUGUGGCAGCUUGCAAGAAGCCUCCAGUUUAUUGUGUUAUAACCGAGUAUCUAUCAGAGGGAUCGUUGAGGGCAUACUUGCACAAGCUAGAGGAGAAGUCUCUGGCUAUGGAGAAGCUAAUAGGUUUUGCAUUGGACAUAGCUCGAGGGAUGGAGUACAUUCACUCGCGUGGUGUAAUACAUCGUGAUCUAAAGCCGGAGAACAUCCUCAUCGACGAAAAUUUCCAUUUGAAGAUUGCUGAUUUUGGUAUAGCUUGUGAGGAAGCUUACUGUGAUCUGUUGGUUGAUGACCCUGGUACAUAUAGAUGGAUGGCGCCCGAGAUGAUCAAGAAGAAAUCAUAUGGUCGGAAGGUCGAUGUUUAUGGUUUUGGGUUGAUGCUAUGGGAAAUGGUUGCGGGAACUAUUCCAUAUGAGGAGAUGAAUCCCAUUCAAGCUGCUUUUGCAGUGGUUAACAAGAAUAUGAGGCCAGUGAUUCCAACAGAUUGUCCUCCGGCUAUGAAAGCCUUGAUUGAGCAAUGCUGGAGCUUGCAAUCGGAGAAGAGGCCAGAGUUUUGGCAAGUGGUAAGGGUGUUGGAGCAAUUCCAGAUGUCGUUUUCUCGGGAUGGGAAUCUGAAUCUAGUUCAGAAUCCAAGUUGCCAUGAUCACAAGAAGGGACUUCUUCAUUGGAUUCAAAAGCUUGGCCCUGUGCAUCCUAAUAGUUCCCCCACCCCUAAACCCAAGUUCAUGUGAAUGGAAGAAUACUUUUCUCUCUAUUUAAAUGUCCCAACUAGUUUUUUUGGUAGUGGGUUCCUGCCUUCUGGUCACUUGUAAUUAGAAAACAAAGCAGGGAAGAAGGAAAAAGAAAAUGAUAAUUUCUCUUUUUUCCUUUUCUCUAUUCCAUUUGUGCAAUCCACACUGAGAUGAGAAUUUGAAUGGAAAAAAUAGUCUUGCUUGGGUGUAUGGGUGUAUAGCUCAAAAGGUACAUUCUUUGCCCGUAUUUUAGAUUGUUUUGUCCUGUAGCUUAUUAAUUCAUUUCUAGUUGUGAGUUCUCUUAGAUUUUGUGAUUAUAUGAGAUAUUUUCUUUCACAAGUAUGUGGUGAUGUCCCUUGAGUCAAAUCUAUUACAACCACUAACUACAUUGUUUUGAAGGAGUUUUUUUUUUGCUUCCUUAGAAGGUUCUUGCUUGUGUUUUGUUUUUGGUUGGCUAAGUUUCUUUGUAAUGAGUUGGUAGGUUUGACACAUGUUUAAUAGGGACUGUUUGGGAAUUAUUAUUAUGGGAUAAAAACUUGUACAAUUGCAACUGUUAUGUAAGUUUGUAGUGCCAUGAGCCCAUGACUGAUGUGGAGCAAAGAAUGCAAAGUGGGUUCAUUCGAUGUUUCCCUGGUUUUGUUGAGCAUUCCUUGGUUUUAUUUGAGAGAUCACUGUUUAUGACAUUCGAGUGUGAGUUUCCCUUUUGCUUUAGUUUGAUAAAAAAUAUCCAAGAGGCAAAAGUAUCUUGUAGAAGAAAACAUUAAUUGCUUCUACAAAAGGUUUGGUUUGUUAUGUAUAAAGAAUGUGGCUUUUCCUAAGAGGCAAAAGUAUAGGGAAGAAGAUAGGACUAAUUAUUUCGAUCUACGUUUGGUUUCCUUCAAUAUCUCAUUAAAAAGUAAAAAAAAUGUUCAAUAUCUGACAAUUUAUUUUACACAAAGCAUCGAUUUUUGUAUAGAAGAGAAUUUUUAAAUUCUAGUUAUUAAGUUUUUUUUCAUGGAAAUAUUAUGAGGGUUGUAUUUGCUCAUGCAAUAGAAUCAUGUAAAUGUGUAACACAAUUUGUAUGUUCAUAGGGACGGUUGUGUUUUAUGAGUUAGGAAUAGGCUCAUGCACUACAUCAUUGUCCAUAGAUAAAUACUAUUUCUGUGUGUUUGGUCGGUUAAAAAAAAAAUUAUUCACUUAUAUUAAUUAAUUUAGAAUUAUUAUUAACAUAACUAGAUAUCUUAUCACCCUAAAUACUUUGCAUAAGGUAUCUCAAUCACCACAUUCACCUUUCAAUUAUCGUCCAACUUAAACUAUUAUGCAUGACCAAGAAUUCCGAACCUUGCACAAUCCAUACGUUAUUGUUGUAACCCUAAACACGUUGCAUAAGAGAUCUCAAACAACACAUUCGACGCUAAUCAGUUAUCGUCAAACUUGCACUACUACACACGCCCAAGAACUCCAAACCUUACGUAAUCCUUAUAUUAUUCUUGCGGUCACUAAAACAUCCAUGAUUUGUGUAAACAACGUGGCUCUAUUGAGUCUUCAUGGCUGCCACACUCUAGAAAUAGGUUAUCUAUUGAAAUCAGAGGUCAUGAACUGUUCAUUUGCAGUCACUUAAUUAUGUAGUUUUUUAAAAUGGAAUUAUUGAGGGAAGAGGAUUAGGAACUGGUAACUUUUUUUUUUUUUUGUUAGUAAACGUUAUCCUGUGGGCUGUGGGAUUAGGUGUCAUGAGACAAAUACUCCAAUUAUUUCAAUUUUCUGUUUUGGAAAAAUGAUGACAACAUUUGAAUUAAUUAGUGCCAGAUGCCAUGAAACUGAAACAUCAGCUGAUAGGAGUAUGUUUUUUUUUUUUUUGACAAGAGCUGAUAGGAGUAUGUGAAGGGGGGAAAUUGGUGGCCCAAACUUGUUGAUGUAAAAUUUUGUCUUCUUUGUCUGUUUUCUAAUUAGUGAUGAGGAAGAAGAGGGUGUCUAGUCGGUUGGAUUGUUCUGCUUUUUUUUAAUCAAUGUUUAAAAAAUGU